UAUGCGUAUACGCUCUAUUGCGUAUGCGUGAUUUAUUCUUUUGUUCUUCGGAACACUUGUGUCGUCUGCCAUCGUGCCACGUGCUCUUAUAAUCGAUUUCGCAAUAAGUAAAUUAUACAGUGUUUUUGCAAGUUAUUGCUGCGAAAGAAGAGGAAAGUGUGUUAUAAUAUCGAAAGAAGAGGAAAGUGUGUUAUAAUAUCUUAGGUCAAUCGAAAAUGGAUAAACCAAGUUGUUCAUCACAUAAGUAUGCAGUUGUACAAUUUGACGAUUUAGACUUUUCGGUGGUUCCCGUAAUUUGGUUGGAUGAACCACAUCAUUGUUAUUGGCCUACAGGAAUGAAAAACAUUAGAACCGCAAUUGUGAAAGAAAUGUCCGUUAAAGACAAUUUUAUGAAAUAUAAAUGUCAGAUCUUUAGUAAACAUGAUACUUAUGAAUCAGCCUUAGAGGCAGAGAAACAGAUUGUAGCUACAUCGGAAUCUGAGGAGGCUGAAUCAAGAAUGGGGAAAAGAAAAAUAAAAAAUAAUAAAUAUGACGACUAUGUCAGUUUUCCUAAUCCUCCGAGAUUGUUAUCAUCCAAGGAAUCACAUAAAUCAGUUUCAACACACACGAAUAAGGACAAUGAAAAUUCUAAAUUAAAUAAUUCACAAGAUAUUAAUGAUAAUAUCUUAACAGAAUAUAACAUUGAUAAUAUACCAAUUACAAUCUACAAUGAAAAUACUAAUACAGACUUAGAUUUUACACAAGACUUGAAAACGAUACUGAACAAUAUUGAAACUGAAAUAACAAAUAUAAGGGAAACGCAAUCAUUACAAGAGCAAUCACUUUCAGAAAUUAAAGAAACCACAAAAUUGAUUUUAGCUAAAAUAAAUAGUGAACAAUAUGGUUCUGUCAAAAAAAGUAUUCCGAACUCUAGUAACAAAGAGUGCGAAGAAGCAAUCCAAAAAUGGCUUAGAAGAGUCAAAGAACCGAUAAUAAAAAACAUGGAGAGAAUAAUGUUGAUACUGCUUAAUUAUACACACGAGAAGUUACUGUGA